GCUUCAACAGAGGACGUAUUCACAGAUCUUCGGUCCAACGUGCACGCUUCCUUUCCAUGUUCUUUCCACGUAUUAGAUUUAUUAGAGUAAAAGUUUGUCACUAAAAGAAGAUAUGAAGUGUUUUGUCGUCUACUUUCUCGUAUGCUGUGUCCAGUUCUUAACUGCAAUCGAAGACAGUUGGCACUGGCGCAAACAGGCCAACAAAGAACUGGAAGAAUCUCUCUCGUACCGCUGGAACGUGAAAAAAGCGAAGAACGUGAUUCUUUUCGUAGGGGAUGGGAUGAGUCCGGAUACCAUAACGGCCAGCAGAAUUUACCAUGGUGGCGAGACCAGUCGGCUCGCCUGGGAGCAUUUUCCCCAUAUCGGGAUACUGAAGACUUACAACACGAACAAGCAAGUGCCGGACUCGGCGUCCACCGCCACCGCUCUCUUCGGAGGAGUCAAGACGAACUAUGAGGUCGUGGGAGUAGACGCGAACGUGGAAUUGGGGGAUUGCGAGGCGAGCUUGAACGAGAACUAUCAUGUAGAUUCAUUUAUAGCAUGGGCUCAAGCGGCCGGCAAAGCUACAGGUUUUGUGACGAAUACCAGAGUGACGCAUGCAACUCCAGCACCGCUUUAUGCGCACUGCGCGGAUCGCAGAUGGGAAUGUGAGUCAAAAAUGCCGAGAAGCGCCGCUGCCUGCAAAGAUAUCGCCAGACAAUUAGUGGAGGAUGAACCCGGGAGGAACAUCCGGGUGAUUAUGGGCGGCGGCAGGCAAGUGAUGAAGUCCAAUGUAAGCGCGGGCGAGUUCGACUCAAUAGACAGGUGGGCCUGCUACCGGAAGGACGGUCGCGAUCUCAUCGAUGACUGGAUAAAAGAUAAGUCCCGUAGAAACUUGGCGUACAGCGUGAUUCAGAAUAACGACGAGUUGUCGCGCGUCGAUGCCGACAGCGUGGAUUACUUGCUCGGCAUCUUCGCUAACGGCCACAUCGCGAUGGACUGGGAACGUGAGCGAGGUCCGAAAGGUCAACCGAGCCUGGAAGAAAUGACCGUGACGGCCUUGCGAGUCCUGCAAAGGUCCACGCAGGGAUACUUCCUGAUGGUCGAAGGCGGCAUGAUCGACUACGCUCAUCAUCGCGGUCACGCCGCUCAAGCACUGCUCGAGACCGUUCGAUUCUCGGACGCCGUCAACGCCACUCUUCGAAUGGUCAACACCGACGACACUCUCGUGAUAGUCACCAGCGAUCACACGCAUUCGAUGAGCAUCAACGGCUACAGCGCCCGAGGCGCGUCCAUUCUGGGGAUCGCUCAGAAAUCCAAACACGACGGGAUACCGUAUACGACGCUGUCCUACAGCACAGGCGGGCCGAAUAGCGUCGCUUACACUGUAAGCGCCGAUGGAAAAGCCAUGCGAAACGAUCCUUCCGAAUCAAACACCAGCGAUUUCAGCUACAGUCAGCAAGCUACGAUUAUAUCGGACGAGGCUCACCACGGCGGCGGUGACGUAGCUGUGUACGCGAUAGGACCGUAUGCGCAUCUCUUUCACAGUGUGCACGAGCAAAACUACGUGGCGCAUGUCAUCGCGUACGCCGCGAAUAUCGGCGAUUACGACGACAAUAUUCCCAACUCGGGAAUAUUGCGUCACAUUCUAACCGCGAUCGUCUUAUGCGGCAGUCUAAUCUUGCCGGCGUUAAUCGCAUAAUAAAUAAGCCUGUAAAAAAACAAUAAACGCAUUAUCAAUUUUA